AUGGGCGUGAACCUUGCCGUUGCUGUUGCUGCCGUCGCUGGCCUGGUCUCGCACCAGAUCUUCCGCAAGCAUGAACCCACCAUCAGAGGCUUCUUCGCCCAUGUCUUGCUUGUCAACUUGGUGGUGGCCUUUGGCGGCAGGAUCCUGAGCCACGGCCACCAGCAUGCCGGUCCGGCUCUGUACGCUUGGAACCUCAACCUCGGCGCCUACUUGGGAAGCCUCGUCCUGGUGGUGUACCGGUUAUUCUUCCAUCCUCUUCAACGAUACCCAGGCCCCUGGCUGUGCAAGAUCACCAGGUUUGUUGCCUCGUGGCACGUCAUCACGCAAGAUUCGCACCGAUGGAUGAUGAAGCUGCAUGAAAAGUACGGAGACGUGGUCCGAGUAUCCCCCAACGAGCUAUCGUACAUCAACGUGUCUGUGGUCGAGUCCAUCCACGGAGCCAAGGCGGGCAAGCUGGCGCGCGGACCCUUCUACGCAGGCGAUCCCAACCGGCCGGCCGACUCGAUGCUGUCGACGCGAGAUCUGGUUGAGCACCGGUGGCGGCGGAAAGGCUGGGAGCGCGGCUUCGGCACCGUGCAGUUGCGGGAAUUCGAGCCUCGCGUGGUGCGCCACCUGGACACUCUGGUGCGGCAGUUCCAGGCCAUGGCCAUCUGCGAUAGUACAGGCUCAGGCUCAAACUCAAACUCAAACUCCGGCCUGGUCGACAUGACAGCCUGGGCCGAAUAUUUCGCCUACGACGUCAUGUCGGACCUGGCCUUCAGCGAGGACUUUGGCAUGCUGGAACAAGGCCGACCCAGCCGCUACAUCGGCUCGCUGCACGGGGCGACGCGCGUGCUGACCAUUGCCGCGCAAACCCCGUGGAUUCGGCCGUUGAUGAACUACAUCCUCCUGCUCGACCCUCGGGCCAAACAGUGCGGGCUCGACUUCGCCCGCAUCUCCAAGGAGACUCUGGACAGGAGGCAGGCCAAGGCGCAGAUCCUGGCCAAGGGCGAGGCCAAGGCUGACAUGUUUGCCUACAUCUCCGCCCCGGGAGAAGGCCCUCGGGCCCUGACCCAGGCGGAACUGACGGCAGAUGCUGCAUUGUUGAUCGCCGCUGGGGCCGUGUCCACCGCGCUGGCCAUCACCUUCAUCUUCUAUUAUCUCUGCCAGGACCGCGGCAAGUAUGAGCGGCUGCAAGCCGAGAUUGACGGCUGUUGGGACGGCAAAACAGCCCUCGAGGUGUCACAGUUAGCCACUCACGCCGCCCCCUACCUGGAGGGCUGCAUCAACGAAGCUCUUCGACUGUGGCCGCCGGCGCCGAACGGCAUGCAACGGCGGACGCCUGCGGAAGGGAUCAUGAUCGGCGACGCCUUUGUGCCUCCGGAGACCCAGAUUUCGGUGCACACCAUGGCCAUCCAGCGCGACGGCCGCUGGUUCUCGCGGCCGGACGAGUUUCUGCCUGAGCGGUGGAUUGAGAGCGAGCGGGAGGGGGCGUUGGGCGGCGAAGGCAACAGCGAGAACAAGGAGGAGAAUGAGAACGAGAACAAAAAAUUCAACCACCAUCCUCGAGCCUUCAUCCCCUUCACCAUCGGCCAAUUCGCAUGUUUGGGCAAGACCCUAGCCUACCAGGAGUUGAAGCUGUUCAUGGCCAAGGUGGUGCGCAAUUUCGACUUUGAGUUCGCCCCGGGGUUCGAUGCAAAGGCGUUUGAGAGGGACGUCAAGUUCAAGGGAACCCUGCUGAUCGGUCCGAUGAUGUUGAAGCUGAAGGAACGAUCAUAG